GCUUGUAUGCCGUUCUGCUCAGGCUUCCGUUGAACUGUGAGCUGGAAUGAUGACCAGUUUUGCACACCUGUCACCAAGUCUCUAGAAAUGGGAGUACCACCCCCACUGUGAGACGGUCCAUCGCGCAUUCCUGAAACCAACGACUGGAAAUGACAGAAGGGACGCAAUGUAUCUUCUUGACGCCUCCACGUUCGAGCUUCACGACUUUCAAAGUAAUGACAUUCCGGACUAUGCAAUACUUUCGCAUAGAUGGAGCGGCAAAGAAGUGUCUUUUCCUGACUUGCGAGAUGGGAAAGGCCCCGACCUGGCCGGCUUUUCCAAGUUCAAGGGCUGUUGCGCUCAAGCUGCCUCUGACGGCUGGCAAUACGUGUGGAUUGACUCUUGCUGCAUUGAUAAAUCUAGCAGCGCAGAGCUUUCAGAAGCAAUCAAUUCCAUGUUUCGAUGGUACAAAAAUGCGGAAGUAUGCUACGCCUACUUAGUAGACGUGCCAGAAAGUACCGAAGACCCCCGCUUGCCAGAUUCGUUCUUUCGAAGGAGCAAGUGGUUCACUAGGGGCUGGACUCUUCAAGAACUACUGGCACCCUCGACAGUAGUAUUCUUCGAUUGCAACUGGGUCGAGAUAGGCACCAAGUCAAGUCUCUAUGACACAAUAGUGUCUAUAACUGGCAUUAAACUCCUGGCUAAUUUCGAGGAGGCAUGCGUAGCUCAGAAAAUGUCUUGGGCCUCAAGAAGAGAAACAACCAGGCUAGAAGAUAUGGCAUACUGUCUGAUGGGUCUCUUCGGUGUGAACAUGCCGCCUCUUUAUGGUGAAGGGGAAAAUGCCUUCAGGCGGCUUCAGCUCGAAAUUCUGAACAGAAUGGAUGACGAGUCACUAUUUACCUGGAAGGAGGAGCGAGGUGGAGUGUGGCCGUGGAUAGUAGAGCGAUCUGGCAUGGGAGGCUUGCUUGCCCACUCUCCUACUGCGUUCCGGUAUUCGGGAGACGUCCAAAAGCUCACUCAAGCAAAAGAGAGACCGUCUUUUUCAAUGACCAACAAAGGCGUGCGCAUUGAAUUACGGCUCAUUCCUCUGAAGGAUGUCAAAUUCCCUAAGGGAUCCGCCCCACACCCCAAGGAUGUUACUGACGCGUUCUUGGCCCCACUGAACUGCAAAGAAAAGGGGAGCACCAAUUGCCUCGCGCUUUACCUGAAGAAAAUCGGUGGGAACAGCUUCCAGAGGGGGGUUCGUGACUUGAUUCCGUGGGUUUGGGACAUGGAGCGAACAACAACUCAACUCCUCCAUGUCAGGCAGGACGAGGAUAACCGGAAACCCCCAGAAGUCCAAAACCAAAAAGAAUUUGUGUUCUUGAUUAAAUGCAGCUCGCUGCUUGAGAACGGCUUCUCCAUUUCGCAACGCCAUAUCAAAGAACAUAUGUCCUUCUCGGGAAAGGAUCUCUGGGAAACCAUUGACGGUGGAUUGAAAGUAACGCUCAGGUUUUCAAUCCUUCAUACGCUUGGAGCGCUCAUGUUUACGAACGGCGGCGCUAUCAGAUUUGUGGUCCUAUUUGAAGUUGAUGGCCUUGCGCAGGCUGGAGUGAACAUCUUAAUCCCGAAAGGAGAUCGGUUACUUGAAGAUAUUGUGUCAUCUUUCUUCGAAAGCAAAUCCGAGAGGGGACAACAGCUCUGCUUGGAUAGGAUUAUGAAACCAGUAGGAGGCGGACUGUGUCUCUCAGUAUGCCUGAAAAAGAGGAUGGACCAGGGUAAGAAGCUACAUGUGAUAGAUAUCUCAACGAAGACCUAAAGAUUUCUCAUGUUUUGGUAAUACACAACUAUCAUGGAUAUCGAUUUUGGUAUUAUGACAUAUCUCUCUUCCUCAAUCAACAAUUACGAUUCAAAAUUACUAUAUUUAAUAACAACAAAAAAUCAAAUACAG